AUUCACAUGAACAUAGCAACACUAUAAAUUCAAAUAAAGAACUUCACGUCAGUUUGGGGCCGACAGCCGCUUGGUAAGGACGUUAUCAACUGUUAGAACAAUGGUGACACUUAAAGUAGAAGCUUUCGGAGUAUACAAAGGCAAAAAUGUUCAGAAGUUCACAUGGACCACCUCGGCUGGAGCGGAAAUAUCUGUGAUAUCUUACGGAGCUAUCAUACAGGCUUUUAAGGUGCCAGACAAAUAUGGCGUCAAGAAAGACCUGGUCCUCGGUUUUGAUGACCUAGAAGGCUACGUGCAGAGGAAUACUCCGUACCUUGGAGCCACGGUCGGGAGGUGUGCGAACCGUAUAGGCAAUGCCACCUUUGAGAUAGAUGGCAAGACCUACAAUGUAGCCAAAAAUAUUGGCAAAGAUCACCUGCAUGGCGGAAUUGUUGGGUUUGAUAAGGUAGUUUGGGACACCACAAUAGUAGGCCACAAAGUCAUUUUCAGCUACCUAUCUAAGGACCUAGAAGAAGGGUACCCUGGUGACCUGAUCACCAACGUGAUAUACGAAGUGACAGACGACAACCGACUUCAUUUGGACUUCAAGGCGACUACCACUAAGAAGACGGUGGUUAAUCUGACAAACCACUCGUAUUUUAAUUUAGCGGGCCAUGAUGCUGGGGCUGAGGAGUUGUAUUGUCAUUGGGUGGUUAUUAACGCUGAUAAAAUCACCAAGACGGAUGACAACUCGAUCCCUACUGGGUCCUUCACUCCUGUACAAAACACACCAUUCGAUUUCACUGUCCAGAGGAAGCUGGGGGACGCCAUGGCUCUGGGAAGUAACCUCUUCGAUGACAACUACUGCAUCGAAACUUAUGGACCUGAGAUCCUGACCUUCGCAUCAGCAGUAACCCACCCAGCAUCAGGCCGUUUCUUAGAAGUGCACACGAACCAACCAGGAGUACAGUUUUACACCGCGAACUUCCUACCCUCCCCAUCAGAACCGGCUCUGGUUGGCAAAAGUGGGGUUGGGUACCGUCGCCACGGGGCCUUCUGCUUGGAAACCCAGACUUACCCAGAUGCAGUUCAUCAUGAGAACUUCCCGACGUCUGUGUUGGUUCCUGGUGAGGUUUAUAACCAUAGAGUUGUGUAUAGAUUUGGAGUUUAUAAUACUGAUAAAGUUGUAGAAGCACCUAUUGUGAUGCCGGCUUAGGGGGAAAGUUAUUUUAAGUAGCGUUGGUCCCCAACCUCCUUAUAUUUUUUUUUUAUUGAGUGUAUAAAAUAUAUUUUGAGAAUGCAAUUUUUAUGAAGUUUUAAAAAAUAUUGCCAUAUAUAGUGUAAUAAUAAACUGUAUUUAUUGGAUUUGUUGAAAUAAAGCAACUAAAUUA